AUGACGGAUAUCCCUCACGAAGAUAAUUCGAAUCGAGAUCCGUUGCCGCCACCUUAUGAGCCAAACUCAUUUUGCUACGAUAUAUUCAACCCUCGGAAUCUAAUGAUAUGUUUUGCUGUGUAUUUCACCGUCAUAACACUGUGUAAGAUUGUUCUCUUCUAUACGUUAUUUGAGCAGAGUGCGACAUCAAUCACGGCAAUUUACUUCUUUCACAUGUUUAUGGAUGUUCCGUUGAUUUUCUUCAUUCUGCUGAGUUUGUUGAAAAAUGACGCAGCAUCUGUGACCAUUUCAAUCAUCAUCACAGUUAUCUACAUCGUCUAUCAUGGAGUGUGCAUUUUGGCGGCUACAUUAGCAUUUCUUCAUACAGACUCAUUAGUGAUUCGUAUAGUGGAUUUGAAUUUGGAAGAUACUACCAAAGCGGAUAGUUGGAUACUGAACAUACUGCACGUUACUGAUGGAGUCGGUAAUGGUUGGGUUGUCAAUGAAAUGGAAGCGGUCGAGAUCCUCUCACGAAUCAUCCUGUGCGUAUAUCCGUUCCUGUUGAUCGUCUAUAUUUCGUAUGAAUUUGUGGCCAUCAAAUAUAGGCAACUCAUUGAGGAUAUGGAAAAUAGCGACGAUAUCGCCACUCAAAAAUAUCGUCCCAAAGCACCGUGUGGCAUCCAUCCCGGAAACUUCUGCUAA